CGCGAGGCGGCGCCAACCCAGCAGAGCGACGCUGGUCCUCCUCGUCCUCCUCCUCCUCCUCCUCGCGGCCCUGAGGCCUUAAACUGUGAAGGGAACCUGGGUUGGUGUCCCCAGCCCCCAAGAGACGCUCCAAAUUUCAUCUGGUACUGCUGAACUAGGGUUUUGGCAGUUGCGACCAGAUCCCUUGGAGCAAUCGGAAGUGGAAUGGAAUCCCUGACCGCUCACCACUGGAAUGAGACUUUAUCCUUCUACCAGUACUUUGGCUUUCAAGUGCAAAGGAUUUACCCUUUCCAUGAUAAUUGGAACACUGCAUGCUUUGUCAUUCUGCUCCUGUUUAUAUUGACAGUCGUGUCGCUAGUGGUGCUGGCUUUCCUCUACGAGUUGCUUGACUGCUGCUGCUGCGUGAAAAACAAAACCGUCAAAGACUUGGAAGACCAGCCCGGCCCCCUCCGAACCAUGAUGGGCAGCAUUCGGAAACACGAAACCGAAGUGGUGUAGCCAAGAUCUAGUCCGGCAUUUCAGACUUUUCCUGACCUCACCUGACCUAGGCACGCCACGACUUUCCUGAAGCUUACUUCUACUGGAAGAAGGAAUGGUGAUUCCGAAUUGUCAGAGGGUGAACUGGAAUGUUUAGAAUCAGCCAAUAACGUGUCACCUGCGAGGAGAGGAGCUGGGGGCGGGGGAGGAUGAGAGGAGGCUGGGGAGUUCACUUCUUUUGCCUCCAUAUUAUCCAGGGUGGAAUUUGAAAGUGAUGAACAGUUUACGGAACUGAAGUCUCAAAAACUGGAUGAAGAUUUUCGAGCCCUAACGGUGAAUAGCAAAGGACUGAAAUACCUAAGACUAACUACCGCUGUAGACUUUUGCACUUUACAUACCCGUAUGGAUUAUAAAACGGAAUAGUCUUUCAAAUGCCCAUCAACAGGAGGUGGUAGCAAUAGACUCAUGUAUCUUCAAAAUAAAAUAGGUUCCCCCUUAUAAUGCAAACUGAAUAAUCAGCCAGUAUUCCCUAUUUUUUAAGCAAGAUGAUAGUUAAAAUUUUACUGCCUAAGCUUGGCAAAAACAUUGUAAUGGUCUUUUGUUUUAUUCAAAAUAAGUGCAAGACCCCUUAGCAACUGUUAUGGUUUUUGAGGUAUGAAAUAAGUUUUAGCAGCUUCCACUAGGAAUUUUGAAACACCUAGGAAAGCGGCAUUUAUUCCAAACCUGCAUUUCAAAAGUCAGCAUGUCAGCCUGUACCAUAUCUCUACUUCCACAGCAGGGCUAAUCCAUUCCAUUGGUACAGACCAUAGAUCGGAACAUUGCUGGUGGGAACAGUAGUGGGUGCCAGUAAGGUGCACUUUUCAUUUGAGCUGAGGGCUCCUUCCAACCACCCGGGAGAGGGGCUGAAAAGUUGUCACUGGUAGUUACUCAGUGCUUACUAUGUGCAGAGCACUGUACUAAGCACUUGGGAGAGUACAAUUCCACAGCGUUGGCAGACAUGUUCCCUGUCCACAAUAAGUUUACAGUCUAGAGGGGUUCUCAUGGUCGAGGAGCAGAAGGGGAGCUUUUAAACAGCUGUAGGAUGAGAGACAGUUCUCAUCGGUCCCCGCUAGCCUUCCCCAUAAUCACAGCAAGUGAACCUACUCGGGUCUUUAAGGUGAAAAAUGAAAAAACCAUUUUCCACCCUUAGAUGUCUUUCUGGAGUUGAGAUGCUGCCUUUCUUUAACCUAGACCCGUAAGUGAGCAUCUUUUAAAACCUACGCCAAUCAGAGCUAAGACAUAUUCUCAUUCCCACCUGUGGACUCUUUCCCUGUGCUUAGUACAGCUCUCUGCACACAACAAGCACUUAAUUCUAUUACUACUUCCAAAGAUGAAAAGAUUUCCCAUUUCUUUUUUCUCUACAGGAUCUAGAGACAUUGUUGCUUCCCUACUUUUUAUGGCUUGUUUUGGACAAAUCAAUCCAUGCAUACCAUCUGGGAAUCAACUCAUCUAUGAGUGUAAAAAAAACCCCCAAAAAACAUCAAGAUACCCCACAUAGGUAAACCUGGAUUGUACUGGGAGAAAACUGAAGACUCCCCGAAGAGAAGAAUUAAGCUGGUAAAGACUGCAGGUUGCCCUGCCAGCCCCUGUGUGAUUCCACCAAACUUGCUCAUCCAUUCUUCACUAGGACGCUUGACGACACUGGAAAACCCCCAGUCCAAAAAAGGAUACUAGGUAGGGUGUUGUAUAGAAUCUUUUAUUGAAUUUCAAAAGAACAGCAGGGAAGUUGUAGGGACUUUGGCAGAUCACUGCUCUGCCUUCAGUGAGCAGAGUUGAAGUAACUGUGCCGCAACUGUACUGUUUUGUGGAUAAAAAUAACAUUUAAAGAAUACCACUGUAGCCACCAGAAGAGAAAACUUGGCAAUUAGCAACUACUCCAAAUUAGCAAGUGAUGUUGAAAAAGAAAAGGUGUUUUCUUUCUUUGACCUCAUCAUUACUACCUAAUAAUAUCACAAUUAAGGUACUGGUUAAGUGCGUUACUAUGUGCCAAGCAAUAGAUUAAUUACUGGGGUAAACAGAAUAUAAGCAGAUCCCUCUCUCGGAAAACUCGAACUCUACUCUUGCUUCACCUUUCCUCACACCUAUUCCACUUUUUCUGGAACUUGAAGAAACCCAUGUGAACCUUGGAGGUCCCCCCAACCCCAGGCAGGAGAAAAGAGAGGAAUGAGGAGGAAGGGAGGACGAGGGGGCACGCCUGCCAAUGUUGCCAACCUAGGAAGAUAUGAAAGAGGUCACCAACAAGUUCCGCGCCUGCACGCGGCCACCCACCACCCUCCUCCCUAUACCGUCGGGACCGGCAAGUCCACGGGCUGCUUCCUCCACACACAGCUAAAUGUGCUUUUGGUGAAAACCCUCACUCACCCCACGGGAGUGGGUAGGAGGAGCAUGGCAGAGAGACGGGGAGUCGGCUCAGACCGCCCCACCAGUCCGAGUCCUUUGAAACGUGAAUCGAGAACUCGCUGUGAGUCUUUUCAACCAGUCAAAUUUAUUGAGCCCUUACUGUGUACAGCGCCCUGUACUUAGCGCUUGGGAGAGUACAACACAAUCAAGUUGACAGACGUGGUCCCCGUCCACAAAGAGCUUACAGUCUAUAUGGGAAGACAGAUACUGAAAUCAGUUAGAGAUAGGGGAGAUGGCACCAUAUAGUGACAUGUCCUCAGGUGCUAUGGGGAAGACAACAAGUACCUGGAGGGCACAGAUCCAAGUACACAGGCAACACAGAAGGGACAGGGA